AUGGCAUCGGUUCAAAUUAAACAAUCUCUUCGAGAUAUUUUACCUAAUCAUCAUGGAGAUUUCCCACCAAAACUAUUGGAUUAUAUAAAUUCAUUAUAUCAACUAAGUACCCGAAAGACAAGAGUACUUCCAAACAAAGCAGAAAUAGCUCGUUAUCAUUUAUGUACAUAUCUGGUUGUUGAAAGAUAUAAAGAUAUGUUUAAUUUACCUGAACCUGAUAUAAUGCGAAUCCCAAUUCAACCUAGAUUAGUAUCGAAAUUGCUUGAUGAUUUCAGAGAAUUAAUUGAUCAAAUUGCGUCAUCUUCGGCGGCAUCAUCACCAAGAUCGAGUCCCAGGAAAGCAAAAGUUGCUUUCCAAGAACCACCUACUACACCUUCUAGACCGUCAACCGCUACAACAUAUACUCCUGCAUCAGGUUCACCUUUGAAGAGAAUGAGACAGAUUCAAAAUGAAGAUGAUGAUCCUGAAGUUACACCAAACACAAAAAGAACAAAACAACAACGUCUUAAAGAUAUAGAAUCUCCCUUUAAUCCAAAGAAGAUACAAAGCACCCCAACUAAACUGGAUGAAAACAACAAAGAACAAAAAAGCCCAAGCAGGAGAUCAUAUUUCUACGAUAGAAAAACGGUACUGUUACUGGAUUUCAUUUCAUUUUGUAAUAAUUUUCAUAUUCCUGCAGAAAUAAGUGCCAAAAUGGUUCAGUCAUUUCUUAUUCAUAAACAUAAAUUUGUUAAAAAGUCAGAUUGGUGGUUAGCUACUGCUAUGAUUCAUGCUGCAUAUAUUCGAAUUAAUAAUAAAUUAUUAUCUUCAAAAGUAGGAGCAAAGAAUGAAUUUUUAGAAUUACUUUUCCAAUAUCAAAAAGGAGGAUUAGUACAAAAGAAUUUCCAAUUUUGGUGUGAUACUGUUAAUGAUUGGAUUAAGGAUGAACAAUGGGUUGUUGAUAUGGAGAAAAAAUAUAUGUAUACUAGAGAAAGUAUGGAGGAAGCCAAUGAGAUUGCUGAAACGAAAGCAAGAAUUGGGGAAGGUUGGGAUUUAUUAUGCCAAUUUGGGGCAAUGGUAAAUGGUGAGAUGUUAUUUGAAUCAGAUACUCAGAAAGAAUAUUAUGAAACUUGGUCUAAGAGUGUAUUGGAUGCUGUUGAAGUUGAAGUUGACGUUUCUGAAUCUUCUCCAGAAAUGAUACCACAAUGA